CAGAAAGUGAUUGAGGAAAAAGUUGUUAAAAGAAUCGACAACAGGAAACCUCUGACGCAGUUGUUGGACAUGCGGAAUCUAUCUGAUGAGGAAUGGGACAAUCUUUUACGUGAAAUAGAUGAAGAUCAAGGAGAAUCGGAAGAAGUAGACGAAAGGUACUUCCGCCAAAUGAUUGAUUCUCAGUUUUUCGAUAUCGAUCCUGACGUUCGUGUCCCACCUGCGAUGGGACUCUCACAUUUUUAUUUUGGGGAAGAACAACCACCUCCCGAAAUGGUUCUCUACGGCCAGUUGGCUGUUCAUUGGUUCAACUUUGAGAACAAUAGGAACUUGAAGUUCUUACGCAUACCAAAAUUGAAUACCCAACAUCCGUUUGCUCUAUACUACUAUAUUACUGUAGAGGUUGAAGAUGUUGAUGCUGCUGCUGCUGCUGGUUCGUCUCCGUCUUCUCUCACUCUGCAAACUCUGGUCACAAGAUCUUUUGGUGCCUCUUUGGAAGCUAUGAUGGAAGUUAUGAUUGAAGGCUGCAGAAUCAAACCCACCACAACAGCGAAUCAGCUAGACUUCCAGCACUUCAUGGUUGAUUGGGUAGAUGCGUCUUACAGUGAAUGUAUGCCUACCUUUUUGUCUGAACCGCCAGAAGAAGCAGCUGAUGAUCAGAGAUUCUACGAGGUUCCGGACGAGGACAUUCGUAAAAAUGAUUGGCUUCGUCUGUAUGCCCACUUUGCACUUUUCAAAGUUUGCGAGGCUGGAUCUCAUGCUUUCCCGCCAAAGGAGAUGGAGUUGAAGAAGAUACUUGUGCAAACCCGAGUAACAACAACUCAAUAUGAUGAUGAUGAUGAUGAUGAUGAUGAUGAUGAUGAUGAUGAUGAUGUUGAUGUUGAGCCGCCGUCUCCGAUUCUCAAUCCCAUUGAUGCCAAGUCUAUGAAUGCCAUCUUCCACAUAAGCUUCAAGGCCAACUGUCGCGACUACACAUCCGUAGUAAGGAGAACUGUAGAUGGGUUUUCAGAACAUAUGCACCUCGAAGUCAACACCACGGAGAUUGAUUGCUUCUCUUCUUCAACAGAUGAUCAAAGUUAGUUGGUGGUCAUGCCGGUGCGCUCUGUUACAAUCACUCGUCAGAAUACUCCUUCUUUUGCUUUAUGUCGUUUUAUCUAUCCUUUGGUUUCUAUCGUAUCUAAACAUUUGUGUUUGUGUUUUCUAAUCCACCUCAACUAUUAUCUGCGUUUGUGUUUUCUAUCGCAUCAAACAGCUUGGUAUGUUGUUGGACUUCUGUUUAAAUUUGUCUUUUAUCGUUUUUAAUAAUGAAGGUUUGUGUUUAAUAAUCUAAACAUGUUAUACUA